GCAGUUGAGCACGAAGCGCAGAGCAGGCGAUGCAGGAGCCGCCGAGCAGCUAAGACAGCAUCGCGAGCCGCGCCCAGGACGGACAGGCAGCUCAGCCCAGGAUGGAAAUAAACUUGGAGAGCAUCGGCCUCGGGGAGCAGUCGCGCUCGCAGUCCAAGGACCUGCUGACCUUUCAGACCGAGAGCACGGUCUUCAGCUUGUCCAGGAGCGAGUCCCUGUGGACCACCGAGUCCCGCAGCGCCUGGGAGACCUACCACAAGCCCAUCGUGGUCAUGUCCAUCGGCGGAGCCAUCCUUCUGUGCGGAGUCAUCCUGACAGGCUUGCAUUUUGCCAAAAAGUACGAGAGGGCCACCAUGAUCUUUGGGCCCGGGUUCCUGUCCCUCGGGCUGAUCGUUCUUGUCACCGGACUGGUGUGGGUCCCCAUCAUCAAGGAGAAGCGCAAGCAGAAGUCCGUCUCCAGGCUCUUCAGCAGCUACAAGCCCCCGUUUUUCCAUUUCUAACUGCUGUAACGUUUGAGGGGAAAAUCAAAAAGUGACAGGGAGCAGAGAGCAGCAUGUGGCAGAAUCGAGUCGGCAGGGAGACGGCGGGCACUCGUGGACUCACCUCUGGCUCGGACCCCGAAGCUUCGCUUUUGAGUUUCUUUGUCAAAAUAAUCCAAAAGGAAGCCAUAAAUAAAGAGGCAAAAAGACGAGACAAGACACAAGCGUUUGGAAUCCUUCAUGUCUGCUUUGGGUUCACAGUAACUGUAGAAAUAUCUUUAUUUUAUAUAGCG